AUGUUACAACAAGAAACUGUUCAUCGGUGGUUCAAUUAUUUGCGUGGUUCAAAACGUAUCGAAUUUUUAUAUGGUCUAUUACAUUUGUGUGUUCCGCUUGAAUUAAGAUAUAUUGGUUCAUGUUUAGAAGAAGUAGCAAGAAAAGAUUAUUUUUAUUUACUUGAAGCUGAAACAAAAGCAAAUUCAACAUCAACAAAAUAUUUAACACACGCACAACCGAUACCCAUAACUACCUCACGUUCUACAACGAACAAUUGUGAUGCAUUAAACGAAACUAUUGCCGAUUUUAAUGAUCAACGUGAACGUGCAUUUACAAUUGUCGAUUUAGCUUUACUACAUACGGACAAUCGUGAAUGUGCUUUAAAAAUUUUUAAACGUUUAAAAUCGUGUGAUUGUAUUAAAUUGAUUGAUGAAAAAUUAGCUAAAGAAGAAAUUGAUGAAUAUAUAGCUGAUGAAUUUUUAAUUAUAUUUCAAUUAGCUGCAAAUCAUCCAGCAUUUAGUUUUGAAAUGCGUACACAAAUGUCACAAAUUCUGAAAGAAUUAGAAAAACGUUUUCGUAAUUUAAAAUUGUCAAAUGAUACAUCAAUAUCAACGACAGUAGACGAUACCAAUUCAUCAUUUUGUUCAUUAUCAAAUUCAAAUAGUUCUGGAAUACCCAAUUUACACGCAUCACCACUUUUAACCAAAGUAACUGUUGUUCAAUUUAUCGUUUCUGACACUUUCCAAUUUCAAAUUAAAGCUGAUUGGUCCGACAGUGUUUCUACACAUGUUUGGAAAACAAUAGACGAUUUGAAAACAUUUCAUUUGCACUUAACGAAUGUUGUUUAUCAAGAUGAUGCACGUUUUGAACGAUUACAUAGUAUUGCAUCAUAUUUGCGUAAUAUCAAUGGAUUAUCACAACAAAAUGGUUACAUUGAGAAAAUAAAAACAAAUAUUGAAACUUAUUUAUCAAAUCUAAUCUUUUUCUCGAGUUACAUAUCAACAAUUCAAACGUUAGCAAAAUUUUUUAAUUCUUCAUUGAAACUAAUCGAUUCUAAACAAAAAAAUACGAACAGCAACAAUAAUAACGUUAAUAUAUUUAAUGAAAAACAAUUAUCAUUUAAUUCAUCGGAAAUGACAACUGUUGUUCAACAGCGUAACAGUGAGAAUACUCAACAAAAUGAAUUGGAUAAAAAAAGUAUAAUAACACAAACAUUUACUGAAUCAAAAUCAGUUGAAACCCAGACUGAAAUUUUUGAACAAAAACUUAACUAUCAAAUUAUUAUUGAUAAUCAAGAUUAUUUAAGACGAUUUAAUCAAGAUCAACUUUUUUCAUUGACACAAGCCGAAAUGAUACAUGACGGUCUUGCUCCAGAAAUCGCUCAAGAAUUAUGUGGUAUUUUAGCCGAACUGAAACCAUUGGCUAUGUGUCAAGCAUAUUCACCAUUUAACUAUCCAAACUUUGCCACAUCGUCGCCAGUUGUACAAUCGGCACUUGAAGAUAUUUUCAAAAGUAUUGUCACUCCAAAUUCAAUGAUUCAUGCUCCUCAAUUACCUAUUCUUUUAAAUUCGCAACACAAUACAAUGGAUUUACUUGCUGAACAGUCAUCGCCGUCUAUUUUACAAACAAUCAAAACAACAGCGAAUAGGGUUGAAUCAUCAUCGGAAGAUGAUAAAGCGUUACAAAAUGAGCUUCAGGAUCCAAGAAAUGCACCACACACUGUUCCUGUCACUCCAAUCGCAUUUUCUAUUACACCCUUCAUUACACCAGGACAGCAUUUAUUACGUCAUCCAGUAAAUGGUGUUGGUCACCCAUCGAAUGGUUACCAAUCAGACCCACAAUUCCAUCAAUAUCAUCGAUAUGGAUCACAACAGCAGCAUCACAAUCAUUAUAAUGAUAAAAACCAACCAAUGCAAAGAAAAAAUUUUCGUCAUAUGAAAGAGCAACGAAAUUUUUACUGUCCUGUGCCAGUUCUCCCACCAAUGACUAUGCAACCGCCACUAAGCGGUAAUUUUUAUUCGGCACCCCCAGCUGUUUCGCAAUUUGUAACGAACAAUCGUCCCUCAUUAAGUGAUUCAACAUCAACAACACCAAAUGGAGAGCGCUAUUUGUCGCCCGCGCCAUCACCAGCUCCUAUACCGAUUUCAAGCGUAACCCAAUCAAUGCAUAUUCGUCAAAAUAAUACAGAUCUUUCGCUAGCAACGGGAUCAGCAUUGCCAUUGUCUACUACAAAAGUGAAAUCUCGUCUAAAUUCAUCUUCGUCAACGAAUAGUGCAACAACACACACAAAUCAAAUACAAACAUUAUCGUCACCGCAAUCUUCUAGUGGAAUUUCAACAACAACAAAUGAAUCUCAACCUCAAACACCAAAUCCUGUCAUGAACAGUACGUCGUCAUCCUCAUCUGCAACACUCACGAAUAACAGCCAACAACAGCAGCAGCAACAGCACCAACAACACUUCUCUCAGCAAAUGUUACAAACAUUUCUUCAUGUGUCAAAUGCACCACAAGGAGCAACGUUUUUAUUAAAUACUGAGAACGGCGUUGUUCCAGCCUUUCCAGUACCGCCAGGAAUGUAUCAAAAUCCAAAGUUCCUUGAAAUGUUAGUGCAAACUCAACAAAUGCAAUUUCCGAUGGGAGCCGCUUCACUACAACCGCCUCCAUUAGGACCGCCACAGGCUGUUUUCUCCCAGCCAAAAACUUCAAAUAAUUUCUCGUCAGAGCAUAAUCAUUAUCGUCCACAUAACAACUAUCAACAUAAUUAUUCAUCACAAAAUCAUUCGUCAUCCCAGAAUUAUUAUGAUAAUGGGUACAAAUCCCACAGUAGAGGAAAACACUGUUAUGCCUGUGGUAAAUUGGGUCACAUUAUGUACAAUUGUCCUGAUUGUUCUGAUACUUAUUCGUCGGAUUUAAAUCAUUAUGGUACGCAUCUAUGA